AUGCCCCCUACGCCUCCGCCAAGGCGUGGUCCUGGGCGUCCACUGGGUAGCAAGACCAAUCACUUCAGGCAUUUGGUGGGGACAGCGGCGGCUGCUGCCUCAGGCAUAUCAACAAAACAGUCACCGACCAGAAGUCCUGUCGAUGAGAAGAAGACAAAGACAAUGGACAACAAGAGCAACAAGAACAUCACAGCAGACUCGCAUACCGAUGAGGACAAUGAUGAUGAGCGUGCAGAGUUUGUCAAGGUCAUCAAGUCAGACCCAUCAAAGCUGGAACACGCGGCAAUGAACUGGGACCCGAAUCGUCGACGCCUCACAUACUUUGAAUGGUUGGGCGUGUAUGAUCGCCUGCGCGAAGGCAUUGACAACAAGGUUCUCAAGAAAUACAAGGCACACAGCAAGGAGACAUAUGGCGAGGUCAAUCCAAAGUUCAUCCUGCAUCUGCUCGCGGAGGGACUACUCCACGAGGACGACGUGCUGCUGGACGUUGGCUGCGCGCUGGGCAAUGUUCUGUUCCAGGUGGCGUCGAUGGUCGGCUGUCGCGCAAUUGGAAUCGAGAUUAGACGCGACCUUUACGAGCUGUCCAGUGACAUGUUGGUGCGAUACAAGGAGAUAGCGGCCGAAAAGGGCCUGCAUGAAUCAUCACAGCGCAUCGAGAUACACCAUGGCGACGCGGUGACCUCGCCACUUCCCAUCUCAGACUGCACGAUAAUCUUUAUGAACAACGUCAAGUUCACGCCCGAGAUGGACAUCCAACUGAUGCAGCGACUGAAGCAGGAGGCCAGACAUCGCACCAAGAUCAUCACAACGCGCAGUCUGUGGCCGCGUCCAACGCAGCGAUCUCUGUCUGGAAACUCAAUGUGGAAGAUAUUUAAGAGGCCCUACAAAGAGAUACAGGGCGAGGAGAAUAGUGCCUCGUGGGACUCAAAGCCCCUGAGCGCAUUUGUAUUCACAAUCAACAACGAGAGCAAUGGGCCGCCUCAUAAGAAGCCAGAGGUGAAGGUGGUCCAGCAGCAGCCACAAGCAUCAAUAAUAGAGUGCGAUCAACAACCAGCAAUGCCAUGGCUCCACGAGGGGCCAUUGUCACAAAAGCAACAACAGCAACAGCAACAACAGAAGCGGCGUCAGCAUCAACAGCAACAAAAGAAACAGAUGAAGAUGAAUAAGGAACAAGCGGACCAAACAUGUAUAAUUCAAUAA